AUGAGGCUAGUAGCACCGGCUUACCAAGCCACCUUGCGCGGCAAGCAGCUGGUGCAGGCGCGCGGGCACUUCUUCUGCCGCCCCCAUCAGAAACUCGCCGGUGGAGCUGGAGAAGCUCGCAACACCACCGCCUUGGCCCCGCAGAAGGACAUCCAGCACCCUCUUCGACGGCGACCGGGGGGUUCCGUGGGAAGGGCAGAAGUGCCCGCGCGCCAUCAUCAGCUGCUCGCCGCUCAUAGGUACCUGGUGUUGUUGAGUCGAGUCGAGUCGAGUCGAGAGCGCAAAAAGAAACGUGUUCGGGAACUGAGGUCAUAG